AUGGCGAGAGUCCUGUUGUCGAUCCUCCUGUUGUCGAUCCUCUUGCUCGACAUCUGCCAGGCCCUCAGCGUCGGACCCACCGCGACCGUGCGGCCGUCCUGCCGCGAAGAGUUCCUUGAGUGCAUCCGGCAGAAUCAGAAGGGCACGCUGUCAAGCGAGCCGCUGGCCGUCACGUACGCCUACGGUGAGGACGAAACGACGCCAGACACCUGGCACUUUUUCGAGCAGUACGUCGGCCGCGAAGGCUUCGAGGCACACACCCAGACGCCGCACUUUGCGGCGUGGGAGGCGUUUGCCGCAUCCGAUCCGUUCAGCGCACCGCCGGAGGUCAAGUUCUUCGUCGAGGACUCGGCGUCAACCGUGUGCAGCGGCGCCGCGGCCGUGCGCGCCGUCCUGGCCGCUGGUGACUGGACCAAGCUCUUCUGCCUCGACGUCGAGAUGGCCGUCAAGCCAGAGGCCCGCGAGGGCUUCCUCGAGGCACUCCGGGCCGAUCAGAGCGGCGCGCUCUCCUCCGAGCCGCUGGCGGGCUUUGCCCAGCACGCAAAGACACCGCACUAUGCUAAGUGGGCCGAGUUCAAGGGCACCGAGCCCUUUGCGGCGCCCGCCAAGGUGGGCUACUACGUGGUGGACCUCGACGGGCACCAAGAGCGGUUGCAAACGGGGUGA